CACAUUAAGACACUGACAGAUGAUGUGUUUGAUAGAUUUUCCAGCAUAAGGAUUCCAGGCAGCAAAAAAGAGAGACCAGUGCUACCAAAUCUGAAACAAUCACAUUCCUCAACUAGUGAUUGGCCUACCUCUGCAGAUGCAGAUGACUUCAUCCCUACACCUUUGUCAGACAGGGAGGUCCUUGCAUUAUUUGAAAAAAUGAUGGAAGAUAUGAAUUUAAAUGAAGAUCGAAAGGCUCCAUUGAGAGAAAAGGAUUUCAGUACGAAAAAAGAGAUGGUUAUACAAUAUAUUAGUUCCGCUUCUAAAGUGGGAAGCCUCAAGCGUAGCAGACAGAUUUCACCACAAGAGUUUAUAUAUGAACUGAAAUCUGGAACAGCAGAUGAAAAACUUGUCAGCUGCUUAGAAUCCCUUCGAGUUUCAUUAACCAGUAACCCUGUCAGUUGGGUGGAGAACUUUGGACAUGAAGGACUUGGCUUAUUAUUGGAUAUUUUGGAAGGACUGGUCGAAACAAAACUACAGGACAAAAUUCUGAAGAAGGUACAGCAUAAAAUCAUACAGUGCUUGAAGGCUUUCAUGAAUAACAAGUAUGGUUUGGAUAGAAUAAUGGGUGAACAGAGAAGCUUUUCAUUACUGGCCAAAGCAAUUGAUCCCAAACAAAUCAACAUGAUGACAGAUAUAGUUAAGCUUCUUUCUGCAAUAUGUAUUGUUGGAGAGGAAAACAUCCUUGAAAAGAUUUUGGAAGCUUUGACUACAGCAGCAGAAGAGAGGAACAUUGACAGAUUUUGUCCCAUUGUGGAAGGUCUUCAGGGGAAUUCAGUCCAUUUGCAAAUAGCCUGCAUGCAGCUCAUCAAUGCCCUAGUUACAUCUCCUGAUGAUCUGGACUUCAGACUCCACAUUAGAAAUGAAUUUAUGCGCUGUGGAUUGAAAGAGCAAUUGCCACAAUUGAAAUGCAUAAAGAAUGAUGCUCUAGAUAUCCAGCUCAAAGUGUUCAGUGAGCAUAAAGAAGAAGAUAUGAUUGAAUUUUCUCACCGUUUAGAAGAUAUCAAAUCAGAGUUAGAUGAAGCCAAUGAUGUUUACAAUGUAGUGUGGAACACUGUUAAGGACACAAGUGCAGAAGGCUAUUUCCUUUCUAUACUUCAGCAUCUCUUGCUAAUACGAAAUGACUAUUUUAUACGGCCUCUGUAUUUCAAGUUAAUUGAGGAGUGUGUUUCACAGAUAGUCUUACAUCGAAGUGGAGUAGACCCAGAUUUUAGUUAUCGUAAAAGAGUGGAUGUAGACUUCAGUCAUUUAAUGGAUAUCUGUAUUGAGCAAAAGAAAAUGGAAGAACUUGAACAGAGAGCUUCAGAAUUUUCACAAAAGUUUGAAAAUGAAUUUGUAGCUCAUCAGGAGACAAAGGCACAACUUCAGAAAAUUGAAAUAGAACGCAAGAAUGGCUCAGUAUCAAAUGGGUUAGGUGCCGCUCCACUCCCAUCAGCUGCUGCAGCAUCUGGUUUAUUACCACCACCACCACCACCUCUCAAUGGAGCGCCGCCACCACCCCCACCGCCCCCAUUACCACCUUCAUUUAUGAAUGGUUCAGGAAAGCCUCCUCCUUUUGGUGUUCCUCCGCCUCCUCCACUACAGACGUUGCCUGGAGCUCCUCCUCCUCCUCUUGUGCUGCCCUUUGGAUUAAAGCCUAAAAAAGAGUUUAAACCUGAGGUCACUAUGAAAAGACUCAACUGGUCAAAGAUUGCACCACAUGAAAUGAAUGAGACCUGUUUCUGGAUAAGGGCAAAUGAUGGCAAGUAUGAGAAUGCUGAUCUGCUAUGCAAGCUGGAGCUUACAUUUUGUUGUCAAAAACAUGUAAAAAAAGAUGAAGGUUUUGAAGAGAAGAAAUCUGUUAAAAAGCGAAUCAAAGAACUCAAAAUUUUGGAUCCAAAGAUUGCCCAAAACCUUUCUAUUUUUCUAGGUUCUUUUCGGGUGCCUUAUGAAGACAUAAAAAUGAUGAUACUGGAAAUAGAUGAAGCCCAGCUGUCAGAGUCCAUGGUUCAGAAUUUAAUAAAGCACCUUCCUGAACAAAAACAACUCAAUGAAUUGUCCAAUUUAAGGAGUGAGUACAAGAACUUGUCUGAACCAGAGCAGUUUGCUGUUGUGAUGAGCAAUGUAAAGAGAUUGAAGCCACGGUUGAAUGCAAUACUUUUUAAGCUUCAGUUUGAGGAACAGGUGAGCAACAUCAAACCUGACAUCAUGGCUGUCAGCGCUGCCUGUGAAGAGAUACAGAAGAGCAGGAGCUUCAGUCAGCUUCUGGAACUGGUGUUGCUAAUGGGAAACUACAUGAAUGCAGGAUCUCGAAAUGCACAGACGUUUGGAUUUAACCUCAGCUCUUUAUGUAAAUUAAAAGAUACCAAAUCAGCUGAUCAGAAGAUAACUUUGCUUCAUUUUCUGGUUGAACUAUGUGAAGAAAAAUAUCCCAGUCUCCUGAGCUUUGUUGAAGACUUGCAACACUUGGAUAAAGCAAGUAGAGUUUCUGCAGAAAGCUUGGAGAAGAGCCUAAAGCAGAUGGAAAGGCAGCUUAAGCAACUUGAGAAGGAUUUGGAGACCUUUCCCCUUUCUGAGGAUAUUCAUGACAAAUUUGUGACAAAGAUGGCCACCUUUGUAGUUCAAGCAAAAGAGCACUUUCAGAAACUUUCUAGGAUGCAUGACAAUAUGGAAAAACUGUAUCGGAACAUGAUGGAAUUUUAUGCUAUCGAUUUGAAGAAGGUUUCAGUGGAAGAAUUUCUAACUGAUGUGAACAACUUCAGAACAAUGUUCAUGCAAGCAGCAAAGGAUAAUAUGAGAAGAAAAGAAGCAGAAGAAAAGCAGAGACGUGCUAGAAUAGCUAAAGAAAAAGCAGAAAAAGAAAAACUAGAAAGACAACAGAAGAAAAAACAGUUGCUUGAAAUUAAAACAGAAAGUGAUGAGACAGGAGUGAUGGAUAGCCUACUGGAGGCUUUGCAGUCAGGUGCUGCUUUCCGAGACCGAAGAAAGCGGACAACGAGGUUUAAAGAUGUGCCACAGAAUCUCAGCCCAACCUCUGAGAGGCCUGUUUUGAAAGCUUGUAACCAUGAAAACCAGAAAGCACCAACAGAAAAUUUACACUCGCACCACAACAUGAUUGCAGUGUCAUCAAGGAAUCCUGUGAGCAAGGAGCUUAAUCAUGAGAUGGGAACUAAUUCAUCUGCAGAAAAAAAGAAAGCUCUUUGGAAGAAGGAUGUCAGCAAUGGAGGCAGCAGCAGAGGGAAGGACACAGAGCUUGCCGGCUUUGUUUCUAAAGGAGAAUCAAUACCUGAAGUGGAGGCUUUGCUAGCAAGAUUACGAGCCCUGUAAAUUAUUCCACUAGUUAAGCAAAUACCGAGAGUUCCAAGAAAAAAGGGUUUUAUGAUCUUCAUCAGACUGAACUUCAGAAUGCAGCUGGAAUUAAUCUCCACAUCAGAAAUACCUGCAAAUAGAAAAUUAACACAUUUGUAACUUUCAGGGAGAAGCAUCCAUGAGAUGUUA